AUGAAUCGCAACGACCUGAAGUCCUCCAUCUUCAAUGCGCUGGACCAGGACGGAGAUCGGCGCUUGGGGAGUUCCGAGAUGCGGCGCUUUGCGGAGCUGUCAGGCUUCGAGGGUGAUGAUGCUGAUUGGCAGGAGGAGUACCAGAUGCUUUGUGAUCCACAGGGCUGCGAUUUCAAUGCCUUCGGCCAGCUGCUGGACGAUGACUCCGAGGAUGGUCUGUCCGUUUCUGACGCAGAGCUCGUCGAUAUGAUGGAGGAGCUCAUCAAACAAGGUGCCUCACUUUCCACAGCUUCAGCCGGUCGUCGCACCUUGGGAGCUGCCACGGAAGUGAGCUUGGAAUAUUUCCAACGAGAAAGGGAAGCUGGACUUUAUGAUGGCGAGUGGAAAGCCUGGAGUGCCCAGGAAGGUGCCACUGCGCGCAGUCCACGAAUUGGACGCGUAGAUACUUUGGAUGGCUGCCCCAGCAGCUCCACUGUUCAAGAGGCCAUAAUGUUCGUGAACGAGCAAGUGCAAAAUGGCAUCUUUGGUGACCAGUCAGGUCAAGCAGGAAAUCGCCUUAGCGAAUUGCUUGCAAUACAAGGUGCAACUGGCAAGGCCGGGUGGUUCGAGUUCCGCAUUGAUGAGAACGUGUUGGAUGAGGAGCAGUUGGCUGAGAUGGUUCUGGCACCAGAGGGCUGGCAGGUGGAUAAGUCCACCAUACCCACUGGCUACAUGAUGCACAUCAUGUCUGUCGGCAAUGGCGUGAAAGCGACCCUUUGUGGCCGUGAAGGCUUGCACAUUGUCAACUCGCUGCAUCGGGACUUUUCAAAGUGCAAGCGGCUGUGCGACACCGGCCUCUGUGGAGUGGUGGGUCGCAAGCGUGUGGUGCUCUUGGCGCCGGAUGUUUUCCCCAGUGGCAAGGUCUUGAGGAGUCCAGAUAUGGAGUGCCCGCAUUUGAAACCAUUGGCCAAUCUACCGGAGGAGGAAGCUUGGCAGAGACUGGAAGCUUUAGCAAAGACUCCUGGAAAGGGUGGCGUCCUGGAUCUUGAGCCUGGAAUGUUCGUCUUUGUCCCGCACGGCUGGUGGCAUGCGGUUCGGCCUAUCGAUGAUUUCACGUUCAUCACGGGACCUUCCCAGCUUUCGAAUCUAGGGGUCUCAGCAGUCAGCUGA